GGAUAAUUCGUUGUUUGUACUGGCUUCUUUCUUUCUUUCUCUGUUUCAUCGUCUAGAUUUGCCAGUUUAUGUCUACUGUCAGAAUGCCUGAAUUUGAAAUGAACAAAGAAUUAGAAUCAAUUGAAGCUUGUUGCAGCGAGUUAGAAGAUCAUCCAACUGAUCAUUUGACCAUCUCCAAACUAGCACAACUUAACAGACAUCAAACAGAUGUAAAUGAUCUUCAUCGAUCUGAUGUGACCAUACUUCAUGCUGACAUUGACAUCAACAUCGACAGUGCUAACGUUGUGACAGGAGCUGGCAAGAAGCUAGCUGCCUGUUUGAAUGUCAAGCAGUUGAAAGUCAAUUGUGUCAAUUUAGGAGAUCAAUCAAAUGAGCAAGUUGUUAUGCGACGAGUUCAAGCGGCUGGUUACGUUGUGUUACUUGUACUGUCCUCAGUACAGCCACCACAUUAUUGGAGGACUGUUGCGUCACUUAUUUCAGAGCUGGUAGCUAGUAAGCAUCGCAAAGUUUUGCCAAUUUACUUUGGACUUCGGAAAGAGUAUGCCAGAAAUGCAUAUCCAGAGAUUGCAAAAUUGUCUUCAUGGGAAGGAGAUGACUUUACUUCAAUGCUUAAAUGGGUGGAAGGUUCAGUAAUUAAUCAGUCUCUGCCCACCUUCAGUUAUCCUCUGUUGAACGUGAAGAGAGAGAUUACUUGUGUUGAUUCUCAAAGUGCUCCAAGUUGGGCAACUGAGCGUUCUAUGUUAUUGGAGAGCAUUUCUAGUUUUUUUGGAACUUUGCAUGGUGAUCAUAACAAGGCUGCUUCUGUUCGAACAGCAGAGUGCUGCAAAGCAAAGAAGAACAGAGGGAAAUUUGAGAAAUUUUCCGGAGAAACUAUCACAAGGUUGCUGAAAUCAAAGGAGACAAUAAGACUGCACUUCUCGCUUAUACAGUGA